AUGAACGUCCAGCUGGGUUUGGAGAACGCCGGGGACAUGUCCAGCCAGGACCAGGAGCUCAUGCACAGUCACGGCAGAGCCUUACACUCUGCUCUCCACAGACCUUCUCUGGUGGCCUCGGUGCUGGACGGCAGUGAGUAUCACCGAGCCGAGCACCACCUGGCUACCUCUUUGCACCCGGGGCUUGGCUUUGGUGGGGAUUCGCCCACUGGGGCCGCCAACAGCUACACCACCUUGACCCCACUGCAGCCACUGCACGAGAAAUUCCACCACCAGCACCAUCACCACCAGUGCUUGCCAGUGGGCAACGUGAUUGGGAGCUUCACCCUGAUGCGGGAAGAAAGGGGCCUGGGUUCCGGCGGUAACUUUUACAGCCCUUACCACAAGGAUCUUGGCAUGGGGCAGAGCCUGUCGUCCCUGCCCAGCCCUAACCUGACCCCCAUGCAUAGCUAUGGCCACUCUGCCGGACACUUGGGCAAUGAGAAGAUGGUGGCGGCCAAUAACUUCGAAGCCCACCCUGCCAUGUUUGGCAGGAUCGACCAGCACUUUUCCAGGGAGCUUUCCCCCUCCCAGAACUCUACCAUGGGAUCCCCCAACAGCAUGGGCCAGCACCCCUAUGGCCACGCCAGGCCGGACAUGAAUUCCAGACCCAACCAGCCUAUCUCCACCCAAACCACCGUCCUCUCCAGCCAGCUGGAGGAGAUCAACACCAAAGAAGUGGCCCAGCGGAUCAUCGCUGAGCUCAAGAGAUACAGCAUCCCCCAGGCCAUCUUUGCCGAGAGGGUGUUGUGCCGGUCUCAAGGCACCUUGUCCGACCUCCUCAGGAACCCUAAGCCGUGGAGCAAGCUUAAGUCCGGGAGGGAGACUUUCAAAAGGAUGUGGCGGUGGCUGCAGGAACCGGAGUUUCAGAGAAUGGCAGCUUUAAGGUUAGAAGCCUGCAAAAGGAAAGAGCAAGAGCAAAGCAAAGCCGACAGAAACCACGUCCCUAAGCGGCACCGGCUGGUCUUCACGGACAUCCAGCGCCGCACGCUUCACGCCAUCUUCCACGAGAACCAGCGGCCUUCCAAGGACCUGCAGGUCACCAUCGCCCAGCAGCUGGGCCUGGAGCUCUCCACCGUCAGUAACUUCUUCAUGAACGCCCGGCGCCGCAGCCUGGACAAGUGGCUGGAAGAGGGGCGCCCCCCCCCAGCCUCGGGCGCCCACGCCGCCUCCGCCGUCACUUGCACCAAAGCCUGA